AUGCCGACGGCUGCCAUGGGCACGUCUGGGCAGCUGGGCAUGGCUGGCUACGCGCAGUACGCGGCAGGCCAGUAUCCUGGAUAUGGUGCCUCUUAUGGAUACACGGAUGCUUAUGGGAGGCCAUAUGGUGCUAGCAUGGGCGAGCAGGUGCCAGCAGGCUACCAGGCACCACCGCCACCUCCUCCUCCAGGAGUGCCAGGAGGAGGCGUUGGCGGGGCACCGUACAUGCAUGGCCCACUGACCGAGCACGAUAGACUUGCGGAUGAGCGUGACAAAGCUCGUAGACGGUUAGAAGAUGAAGCGCGGCUUCGAAAUGAAGAACUUCAUCGGAAAGCUGAAACUGAACGAGCAACCGCUGCCGUCCGCAACGCCAUCAGCAGCCUUCAAAAUGGGCAGUUCGACUCAAUCGACGGGCUUCUGAAGGCCUUGGAGUCCGUGGCGGCGAGGGACCUGUCAAAGACUGAGGGUCAGCAGGCGACUCUUAAGAAGGACAUGGACCAGGCCAUUGCAGAAGCUCAGCAGCGGCGAGCUGUGAUGGCGGAGCUGAAAUCCAUGGUCAGGAGUGGCGAGGAGCACAUCAAGGCCACAGCAGAGCUGAUUCGCGAGAAUGUGGGGCUGCAAAAGGAGAAGGACAGGGAAGACAUGAACGACCAGCUCGAAAAUGCCGGUUUGGAGGCCCAAGGCAUGAGUGACCGCUACCAGUCGUUCAUGGACGAGAAGGCAAAGGAGCACGAGGAACUCCAGAGCUUUACCAAGGGCCCUGCCUUAGUUGACCUGCGCCUUGUCAUCGCGAAAAUCAAGAAGCUGAGUAGCGAUCUGACAAUGACAGCGACCAACGCUGCCAGCGUCGUGCGGGAAGGCAGGCAGAAGUUGGCACGCCAGGAAGCGGCCGUAGCGCGGACCAAGCGCAUGCAGGAACUGUUCGACCAGUACGAUGCCGACAGUGACGGCUGUCUGUCUCAGCUGGAAGUCCUCCAGUACUCCCAAGGUGAAUUUGAGUUCACCCCGGCAGAGUCCUGUCUAGAAAGGCUCUGGCGAAACUGGGUACCAGCAGGAAUGGCCGGCAUAACGUUCGACCGCUUCCAGCAGAUGAAGGUGGCAAUUGGCACGGCUCGCGUUAUUGAGCGGGACCAGGAGAGAAGACCAGCAGGCCACGUUGCUUAG